GGCGAAUCGGAGAUGAUGUCUUCAGUUAGAACCCUCCUUUAACUGUCUCUUUGCUCUGUGAUUUCUCUUCUUUCAGUUCAGCAUUUUCGAAACUGAUUCAAGCUCGCUCUUCAAAAAUCACAAGCUUUGGCAGCAAGCAACACAUGAACUCCUGCAAAACCCUAUUCCGCGCCUCCCUCUCUUCAUCAUCUCCAUUCAUUCAUCUCCCAAACCCUAAUCCAUCCACCACUCUCGUCUCCUUUCGCGCCUUCUCGUCUUCUCCCUCCGUUCUCCGUCCAAAUCCAUCUACACACAACAUCGGAUGCACUCUUCACGAAGCUGCCUCUCUUCCAGGACUAGAAACCAUCACUGAGAAUCCGCCCUUAGAUCUUACCGUGAGUGUCAAGGAACUGCUGACAACAAAUAGAAAUGACGCGACGAGCAUGAUGAAAAUGGAGCGGAGGAGCUCCUUAAGCCGUGGAGGUUCGUGGUUCCCUUACGAGGACAGGUUCAGGUGCGGUGACGUGUAUCUUAGUAGCCGUGAGGUGUUGGAAGCGGUGAGUCCUCAUAUGAUGGAGGAGAGGUCGGAUAGGUUUAGGCGUGUGGUGGAGAAUCGAAGCUUCUCGGUUUGUCUUGUCGUUGAAGGUUUGUCUGAUAUUGGAAACAUCUCUGCUGCGUUUAGGUCUGCGGAUGCGUUGGGGAUUCAGUCUGUUCAUGUUGUUGCGUCUGACAGUUCCAAAAGGUAUAGGAACAAUCGACAUGUGAGUAUGGGAGCUGAGAAGUGGCUAGACAUUGAGCUUUGGGAGACACCUAAAGAAUGUUUCAAGGUCUUGAAGUCUCGUGGUUACAGGAUUGCCACAACUCAUUUGGGAAUGGACACUGUUUCAAUUUACGAUAUGGACUGGACACAACCAACAGCAAUAGUUGUUGGAAACGAAGGGAGUGGAAUAAGUGAUGAAGCGUUGGAGUUAGCAGAUUUGUAUUGCAGUAUUCCAAUGAACGGAAUGGUUGAUUCGUUUAAUGUCUCAGUGGCUGCUGGGAUUCUGAUGCACCACGCUGUCUGUGACAGAACCGCUCGUCUGGGAAGUCAUGGAGAUCUGUCGGCAGAAGAGAAAGAGAUAUUGAUGGCUGAGUUUUCACUUCGACACAGUAGAAGCUCACUUUGUAUUGCUUCCGAGUUUGCUAAACGUAGACAACAACAACACCCUGCUUCCUUCUAGUUUGCCAACACUCUGUUUUCAUUUUCGUGUUGUGGGCUGUUGUAUUUUUGCAUGUAAGGUAAGGUUUUACUCAGCCUUGAUUGGGCUUUUAAAAUCUUACAAUUUUAUUUCAAAUUUAAUUAUCAUUGAAUUUUUACGUUG